GCCACGUCCAAGCUCCAUCUCUCUCUCUAUCUCUCUCUCUCUCUCUCUAAAUCAACCAAUCAAAAUUGAGAGAAUUUGAGGUGUGUGUGUGUGUGUGAUUUGUGUGUUUAAUGGCUUUACAGUUGCAAGUCCCUCUCACUCGCUCAGCCUCAUUUUCUUCUUCUUGUGGUUCAUGGACAUCAAAUCAUUCAAUUGUCUGCCUAAACGGUGGAGGAGACCAGUGGUCCUCCGCUAGGGUUUCAAGGAGUGUUUUGGAGAAGAGGAGAGAGAAGAUUGGUGGUUCAAGAAGCCUGAGAGUGAGAUCGAGCUUGGACGUGGCUGUGUCUGUAGGUCAGGUCACCGAGGUCUGCAAGGACACCUUCUGGCCUCUCGUUAAAGCCGCCGGUGACAAAACUGUCGUCCUCGACAUGUACACUCAAUGGUGUGGUCCGUGCAAGGUGAUCGCCCCCAAAUUUAAAGAAUUGUCGGAGAAGUACCUUGAUGUUGUUUUCCUAAAGCUUGAUUGUAACAAGGAUAACAAGCCAUUGGCAAAGGAGCUAGGAAUUAAGGUGGUUCCGACAUUCAAGAUUCUUAAAGAUGGUAAAGUUGUUAAAGAAGUCACCGGGGCCAAAUUUGAUGAUUUAGUUGGGGCAAUUGAGGGUGCCAGGUCCAGUUGAUAUUCUCCUUCUUGUUACUCUCUUGUAAAAUAUUUAAAAUUAACGCCAUAAUACACUUUUGUAAUAAUAGUUUUGUAUUCAUAACUUUCUGUUAUUUUUGGAUACAAUUAUUAUCGAAAGUCAAAAGCAAAGGCUAAAGUUGGUUGGGAGAAUAAGAGGUACCCUUUGUCUUUUGGCUUAUCAUUUUUGCCUUUUCAUGUCUCUGUUUGUUAGUUAGUUUGGAGCAAGAGUGGGUUCUUGAACUGUGAACUGUUGGUUAGUCUUGUGAAGGAGUGAGUGAGCUUUUGAAUUGUGAAGCCUAUAAAUAAGAUAGAUAGGUUGGGUGAGA